AUGCCCCCCAAAAAAGUCAAGGCGCCAAAGGAGGAGGCUGCCGUCUCGCUCGGUCCUCAAGUCGCUGAAGGUGAACUCGUUUUCGGCGUUGCGCACAUCUUCGCCUCCUUCAACGACACUUUCGUCCAUGUUACCGAUUUGUCUGGGAAGGAAACCAUCUCUCGUGUCACCGGCGGAAUGAAGGUCAAGGCGGAUCGUGAUGAGUCCUCGCCCUACGCUGCCAUGUUGGCUGCUCAAGAUGUCGCUGCUCGCUGCCGUGAAGUCGGCAUCACUGCCCUCCACAUCAAGCUUCGUGCUACUGGCGGAACUGGCACAAAAACUCCUGGACCCGGUGCCCAGAGCGCCCUCCGUGCCCUCGCCCGUGCUGGCAUGCGUCUCGGACGCAUUGAGGACGUUACCCCCGUGCCCACAGACUCUACCAGGCGCAAGGGUGGUCGCCGUGGUCGUCGUCUGUGA